UACCUGGCCAGGUGAGCAGUCAUUCUGUUAGCAACCAUGUGACGUUGUUGUCCAUCCACUCAGAUCUGAUUUGAAGAAACCGGCAAUUUUUUUUUUCUGCCGCUCCAGGAAACCUUUUUUCCACCAGUCCGGUCGACUGUUAAGGAUCUUCAGCUAUGGAUAAAUUAAAAGCGGUUUUAAGUGGUGAAGAGGCGCGGAGAGAUGACCGAACCGUUUUAGAGACUGUGAAUGAAGCCUCCACUUUAGGUUGGGGCACACGUGUGAAAGGAUUCGUGGCCUGUUUUGUGGUCGGGGCCGCGUGCACAAUUUUGGGAGUCUGCAUGCUCUUCCUCCCAAAGAUUGGGCUCACUCUCUUCAUCGUCUUUUACACUUUUGGAAACAUAUGUACUCUGUGCAGCACCAUGUUUCUGAUGGGACCAGUGAAGCAGCUGAAAAGGAUGUGUGACAAAACAAGAGCACUGGCCACCACUAUUAUGAUUACCUGCCUCGUGUUGACUCUCUGUGCUGCCUUCUGGUGGAAGAACUUUGGACUUGCUUUGCUAUUUUGCAUCUUGCAAAUCUUGUCAUUUUCCUGGUACAGUCUGUCAUACAUCCCGUGUGUCAGGGAGAUGAUACUGAAGAUGGUGGCUGUCUGCAUAAAAUGAACCUCUCUAUGUGAUGACGUUUCCGGCUGGAUGAAGUGAAUGGAGGCAGGUCUCUUACUGAAGUUACUGAAACAGCCUUUUUGUGGUUCUUCUUCAGAGAAUCUGUGACUCUUACUGCUGCACAGCUCAAGUUUUAUCUCCAGAAAUGUUUUCUUGUUUAAGCUUUAAUAACUGAGCUGAUUGAUUUUUGGGAUGAAUCAAUUACUCCAGUUUAUUCUGAUUUUAAUGAGUGUGGGCAUAUUUUGUAAUAUAUGUAAAUAUUUGUAAUAAAUGAAUGUAGAUGUUUUUGUAAAUUACAGUAUACUGUUACGGUGGGAGACAUGUUCAUGUCCUACAUGCUCAUUUUUCCUGUUUUUUCCCCAUAUUGCUCCCAAAGAAAGAUUUUGCUUCUAUUAAGUGUUGACAGAGAAAUAAAGUUGACUCACUUACUCCUUAAAUUACUAAUAAACAGUGUUACUUUGAUCUUAAAUCAGUUGAAGUUAUUAUUCAGAAGCAUAGCUAUGGGCUUGAAAAUGUCUCAGUGGUUAAGCAUAGGAAUCACUUGGCUGUGGCUCCUGGUGGUGAAAAGUUUUAAGAAAUAUCUUAGCAAUGACCAGUUAUUUUAAAGCUGUAAAAUUAUUUUGACUUUUUUCAGAUAUAUGUAACUAUUUAACUAAUCCUUAUGUUUAUCAACCAUGGACACCUACAGUGUUUGGUAAAAGGCUUGUUGACAGUAAAGAGUGAAUAUGCCAAACCUCCACUUUAUACUGAAGAGAUACAAAGCCGCUGUCAGCAGUUCAGGUUUGCAGACUGGUGGUUGGCUGUUUCACAGCUAAGUUUGCUGCUGUUUUCAUUACCACACCUGUUGGCACUCUGCUGUUUCUACAUCCAACAAUGAAACCUGAAAAUUAAAGUCUAUUAAAACUGUA